GUUUUCACUCGCCGCUUUUUCUUGUUUAGCGCAGUGAUUGAAUUUUCAUUGACUGUACAUGAAUUUUUUACGAAAGGGUUAAUUGAAAACCUUAUAUUUUCAUUUUGUUAAUCAACUGUAAUCGUGAUUUCGUUGUGGGCUGUCCCCCUGUGUCAUCAACGACCAGCUAUUGAAACAUCACAUGAAGAACUGUCGCCGAGUAGAAUUUAAUUGACUCUUUGGACAACAAAGCAAGGUCUUUUGAAAAGGCCAAUCGUUGGCACGAACGACCAGCUCUAWGGUUUAUUAUAGUUUCAAAACAGUAGAACUGGACUGAGAUAUGUACAAAUGUUGUGUGAUCACAAAAGGGACAUACUUAUUCAAUUAGCAGCCAUUUCCAUUCUUGAGUAAACAUUAUAAAAAGAAGCGCUUUGGAUUCAAAAAGGCAAACGUCUCUGUGUUUGAGUUCACUGUGUUCCGUGGCACCUAAUCAAGCACACAGAUCUCUUGCCAGCUCGUUUAAUCAGCUCGAUCAGCCAAGCGUUGCGCACUUUUAUUAGUCGUCUUCAAAGUAAUAACUGCUAUGUUCGAUUUUAAUCAUCGGCUCCUUUGUUUACCGUCUGAAGCCCCCUGACGUCAUGGCCUUGUAUAUGGACUCUAUAUCAAAUAGUCCCGGCCAAUUAAAGCGAGUGUUUGAUACCAGGCUACUGUCCUCUUUCUAGGUGGGUUGAUUAAAAAACGUCCAGCUUUAUGACCGGAAGAACUGUGUGCAUUAUUUAGUGGCCGUAUUUAAGAAUCAUUUAAUGAACAACCAAAUAGCAGACACUUCCGCUGUGUGCAGUAAGCAAAAGCUAUUUCUGGAGUGAUGUAAAUACUGUUUGACACAUAGGUCGUUGGGUCUGUUUUGUUUGCUUUGUGCUUAUGUUUAUAUUUAAACACCUCCAAUAGUUUAGCGGGUCAAUACCAAGUGGUAUCCGUCAUGCGAAACCAAUGUUMAUCGAUCUACUAUCAGUAGAACUCGUUGUACAGCUUAUAAGGGAAGAUUUGAGCCUCCUCUCUUUUCCACAGCUUGGAAGGCUCUGCUUAUCGCUCUUAGUCUAAGUAUUAUCGGCUUAGUUCUCGCUCACGCCUUGGACGUAUUAAAACGCUUAGUACUUUAUUGCUACGCGUUGCUUUCACGCGAUUGUCUGGUCGUUCACACUUUGGAGUAAUAAACCGCCCCAAUUGAUAUAUAUCGCUAUCUUUUCUACUUUCUAUCUUGAAAAAACUCUCGUUCAAUAAUAGAUACGGUUUUGGCURGGAUUCUGGUUGCACAUUCACGCGGAUAGUCUUUGCCGAGCCGCAACUAUUUGUUCUAUAGUUAUUGGUUGUAAAAGACCGCCAUUGACAAUUUCGGAGCGCGAAUAUUGAGGGUGUAAUUACACAAGACCUUCUUAGGCCAAUGUUGUUCUUCAUUCGGUGUUCAUAUAUGUUUUAUUGCUUUUAAUUCGCUGUWAGUCCCCUGUGCCGCUAAAUAGUCAAUAAAUUGUGUUGUUCCUCGCUUGSUUGAGUGCAAUAAAUCAGCGCUUGGCCGAUGCAUGGUUUCAAUAUCGCCUGCAAUAAUACAAAACCGGUGGGCGGUCGAUGUUUAGAGAAUUUAAUAUGAUAAGCAAACGACCGACAUGUGAUAAAAACCUACGGAAUAAACGACGUUUUACCCCUUAAACGAUCACCAUUCGAUAAAGGAAUACUUGUAUUAAAGUCUAAAGUACCUACUUUGUUCGAAUGCUCAUAUUAACAAGUGACCAGACAUAGCUAACGUUCACUUACUCGUCCCAGAUUGACGGUACAGUCAUGGAUUGAUUUAAUCGAUUGUUUUGAAUGAUCGACCGACCCUCGUGUUUUAUUGGCUGUGAGUCGGUUUUGGUCUUUGUUAAGGAGAUUAAUAGAACGUGACAGGUUCAAUUGGUUCGACUAUGGCACCUUAAUACUUUGCUCCGGAAAACUACAGAAAUACACCGGUUCCACAACAACUAUUUCACUUGGCCCCACUAGAAGCUACAGGCCAUUCCGAUAAGGAUUUUCCAAGGAAUGGCAUGUUUCUCUGGCCAGCGACACGUCACUAUGAAACACUUCGUGAGAAACCGUGUCCAUCAACGAAAGAGCGAGAUUUACCAAGCAGUAACUAACGUAUGUCGUGUUAUGCAGGAUGUCCUCAAGCACGUUGAAGCACUCGAGCCAAGGUUUAUAUCCUCUCUAACGCAGGUCGAUGGCCGAUACGUSGGUCUACAAGUCGUUUCGCCCAAUCGUUUUGARGUUAGCCUAUUCCUUAACCAAAUGGGGGUAUUCAACUUUAUCGAUGAUGGCUGUCCGUCKGGAUGUGCCAUGUUAAAGCUUAGUGAUGAACGCAAAAGAUCUAUGUCGCUAUGGACUGAGUUUAUCACAGCGUCGGGUUAUUUAUCCGCGCGUAAGAUGCGCUCAAGAUUCACUUCGUUAGUUUCUGAAGCAAUUCGCCGCGGUAGCUUGCAGUCCCAGGUCCGACUCAUCUCAAGUAACAGCUUCUCUGCAGUUUUAAGUGUAUCUGAUACAUAUACAGUAGAACUUGUGCCUGCCUUUCGUUGUGGUUCUAUAUGGCCGCAGAAUUCGUGUUCGUGGCCAACUAUAGGCGCUGUAUGGCCCAGCCAGCCAAUCAUUGCUAAUGUCAAGAUGAGAGGCUUUAACCUACUUGCACGAGAUCCAUACCCGACCUCUAAACCUGUAAAUACCGAGGGAGAUGCUUGGGUACUUUCGUUCACUGACGCAGAAGAACUUCUCAUGACUGGUGGCUGUCGUAGAGUCUGUCUUAGUAUGUUAAAGGCCUUGUGUGACAAACAUCUAGURAUUCACGGUGAACCUAUCGAGUACGCACACCUAACGAACUUAGUCUUGUACGAAUGUGAAAAGCACCCGAGGGAAUACGAGUGGGACGAAGAAUCGCUAUUUGAUCGAAUUAACGGCGUACUUCUCCAGUUAGUCUCCUGUCUACAGUGCAGAAAAUGCCCUCACUUCUUCCUGAAAGGUGUUGACUUGUUCUCUGGGAAAUCAAGAUCUUCUUUAGACCAGGCGGCCAAACAAGUAUGGACGCUAGCUAGAGACCUUACCACGAACCCGUCAAGCUUUGAGUCGCUAUAGAAGUUAUCUUACGCUCUCCAUACAUCUAAAUCGCUUGAGGCUUGUUGACCCUUCCAUCCUCCGCCACUCCCUCAUCCUUAUUACUACUGCCUUCGAUAGCGCCGAUAAAUGGAUUAUAUGACUUUAGUUCAAGUAUGAUGAAUUAGGUUUAUUACGCAAAAUGUAAAGCACGUACAAAGUACAAAAUUAAUUUAUUGAAGAAUAGACKAACACUUUAAAAGUACCGAUAUUUUGUCGUCAUUGUUCUUGCUUUGGUCUUAUAUAUACUCGGGUGUGUCUUCAGCUGCCGCUUGAUGCGUUUUUUCUUUGCUUACAUUUUCUUUUCGUGUAUUUUUUGUUGAUUCUUAGCUCACAGUAGAAGUUUAUAAUAAUAUGUUCACAUUCCAAAAAAGAAUCACUCAGAAUUCCAUUGUUUCUCUUUUUUCUUUCCCGGUUUACACUUUGAUUUUUCGCGAUGUUUUUCGUUUUCGUUUUGAGAUUUAUUGGCUAACACAUCCUAUAAAUCUUUCCAAAAUACUAAAUAAUUAGACAAAAGCAAAAAUAAGUCGCCAUAGAGACAUAAAUGCAUGAUAAAGAACUUGAAUCAAGUGUUGAUAGAACUAGAUUUCAAGAGCUCAACUCGUCAUGUGUAUUGUUCAUUGCAGAGAUACAAAGCAAAAAUUAUCAGACUUUCAUCCUUUUUUUAUCCCCUUUCUCUUUCAACUUUACUCUACCCAAUCACAAUUAUGAGAAGAACAUUUCAUUAUAACUGAUUUUCAAACAAUUUUUACAUGAAUAGAAAGCCCAAUUCAGAACAAGAACUCKUGMAAAGGUGUCUUGACAGAAAUUGCGUUUCAUGCUUGCCCUCAGCUUGUGCUUCUUGUAAUUAAUAUCUUGAUAAAAUCAUCGUUACUUUUAUACCCAACCAUU